GUAGACUUGCUUUUGGAUCGUAACGCCGACGUCAAUGCGUGCACAAAGUCGGAGGAUAGCGCCCUCAUGUUGGCGUCUUGUCAUGGUUACAAGGGAAUCGUAAAAAAACUGAUGAAGAAAAAGGCUAAUGUCAACCAAGUCAACGGAAAUAAUACGUCACCUCUAAUUGUGGCGGCUAAAAAAAAACAUGCAAAUUUGGUACGCAAGCUACUCGCCCACAAGGCGAAUGUAAACCAGGGAGAGACAGAUGGCACCACAGCUCUUAUGGUGGCAGCUCAGACUGGCCAACAGGAUGUUAUAGACGUAUUGCUAAAGCACAGGGCGUCUAUCAAUCAAAUCAACACUGAAAGCGAGACAGCCUUAAAGAUGGCCUCAAAAGAGGGCCACCUUCACGCUGUCCGGACGCUGUUGGAGGCGAAUGCUGACGUCAACCUACAGGACAUAAAAGGUGACACCGCGCUCAUGAUCGCAUCCGGUGCCGGGCACCAUAGGAUAGUUGAGCUGCUGCUGCUAAGAGGGGCCGAAAUUAACGCCUCCAACCGAAUCAACUGGACUGCCCUUAUAUUCGCUGCUCGGUACGGACACACCAGAACACUUACAGUUCUCCUGAGAAACCAGGCCAAUGUUUACAUGACCAACAGAACAGGGUCUACGGCGUUGAUGAUCGCUUCUCAAAUCGACAACCCUGGAAACCUUGGGCUACUAAUAGAUGUCGGGAACAACAUCCAGGAACCGAACGCAGACGGAUGGACGCCGCUAUGCAUCGCGGCAGAGAAAGGUUUGACGGAUAACGUCAGACUGCUGCUGUCUCAUCGUGCCAAUGUCAACUAUGCCAACAAGAACGGGUGGACCGCCCUCAUGCUGGCCAGUCAAAACGGCCACGCCUCGACGGUUGAGGUGCUGCUGUCCAUGAGGGCGGACAUCACGAUGGUCAACGCGAGUGGCCUGACAGCCCUCAUGCUCGCAGCGAAGAAAGGCCACUACACCUGCGUGGAGAAGCUUAUUUCCCACGGGGCCGAUAUCAAUUUCGUCAACGCUAGCGACCAGACUGUGCUCAUCUUUGCCGCGCAAGCCGGUCACGCCAUGAUCGUCAAGCUGCUUCUAGAGCACGGGAAGCGUAAAGGGAACUCCAGUUACUGCACCGGUCAGCGACGCGGCCUCCUUCUGGCCUCGUGCAAAGGCUUCCCUGACGUGGUCGACGUCUUGGCGCAUUAUGGAACUGACGUCGAUUUUAUCGACAAGGACGGCCACAACCCGCUGAUCCUUGCGUCCGCCCUCGGCGAUCAUUCAGUUGUACAAAAACUCAUCCAUCACCGAUGUGACGUCAAUCUGUUAGUGAAUAAGGAAGAGGGCGGCGUCUCGACACCACCAGCAGAACGUUCGGAACACGGUCACGUGGUGUCUUCCACGCCGCUGCUCGUGGCCGUGUACUUUCAGCACGAAGACUGCAUCAGAGCUUUGAUAAACGCAGGGGCAAACGUCAACGCGAAGAAUUACUACGGGACGACGCCGAUAAUGGUAGCGAUGAAGAAGGAGAUGACCAGCGUCAUCGGUCUGCUCAGGGAAGCCGGUGCUGAUGUGAUCCCAGUUGACGCGAUGUCCACCCAAGACCCGUUUCUGGCAAAUAGUUUGUCUUUGAGCACCGACACGAUCAAGUAUGAUAAAAAUCCAAACGCAUCACAGUCCGCUGAAUUCAGGCCAACGACUCCACGCCUGACAGGUGAGCACAUUGUCCAGUUUCAAGUAGCUUUUAAAGAUGUAUUACUGUAUACCCGAUCAUGUAUUUGCUGACUUUAUUUUUGAAGUAAGAGUGGGUCAGGUUGGUCAGUGUACCCCCAACCCCAUGUACCAACCCAUAUGUACCCUAACGCACGUACCGAACCCCAUAUACAUCCCCAUGUGCCGUGUAACGACCCUCCUGUAACACCCACCCCCGUGUACCAGCCUCCGUGUACCUUGCAUCUACCCCGUGUACCGUCUACCCCAUGCACCGUGUACCAACUGCCGUACCCACCCUAGUGUACCACGUACUCCAUUCCCCCCCCCUGCCCGCCCAGGUUAUCUCCUUUCGUUGAGAUGACUAAUUAAUCAAUGGGAUGACUAAUUAAUCAAUGAGAUGACUUAUUAAUCAAUGAGAUGACUUAUUAAUCAAUGAGACGAUUUAUUAAUCAAUGAGAUGACUUAUUAAUCAAUUGGAUGACUUAUUAAUCAAUGGGAUGACUUAUUAAUCAAUGGGAUGACUUGUUAAUCAAUGGGAUGACUUAUUAAUCAAUGAGACGACUUAUUAAUCAAUGAGAUGACUUCAAUUGUCUUUGUUUACUGGUCAAUCAAUCGUCUCGUUGUUGUUUGGUGAAUGACUAGAAUAGUUUUACUGGAUCCAUCAGAACGUGUGUGUGCAUAGUAUAUUUACUAAUGGAUUCAUCGCUGGGUAUGCUUAGUAAUGUAUAGGAGUCGUAGCAAGUUGAAUUUAUUGCAGAAGAAGUCUCUGCGGAUAUUAAGGAAUACGAUUCUCAUUUGCCUCAAUUGAGAGCAGAGGGUAAAUUUCUCAUUUGCCUCACCUGAGAGUAGAGAAUAAGGUUGUCAUUUACUUCCCCUGAAAGCUGAGAGUAAGGUUCUCAUUUGCAUCACAUGAAAGCAGAGAGUAAGGUUCUCAUUUGCCUCAUCUGAAAGAAGAGAGUAAGGUUCCCAAUUGCCUCAUCUGAAAGAAGAGAGUAAGGUUCUCAUUUGCAUCACAUGAAAGCAGAGAGUAAGGUUCUCAUUUGCCUCAUCUGAAAGAAGAGAGUAAGGUUCCCAAUUGCCUCAUCUGAAAGAAGAGAGUAAGGUUCUCAUUUGCAUCACAUGAAAGCAGAGAGUAAGGUUCUCAUUUGCCUCAUCUGAAAGAAGAGAGUAAGGUUCCCAAUUGCCUCAUCUGAAAGAGGAGAGUAAGGUUCUCAUUUGCCUCAUCUGAAAGAAGAGAGUAAGGUUCCCAAUUGCCUCAUCUGAAAGAAGAGAGUAAGGUUCUCAUUUGCCUCAUCUGAAAGCAGAGAGUAGGUUUCAUUUGCCUCAUCUGAAAGAAGAGAGUAAGGUUCCCAAUUGCCUCAUCUGAAAGCAGAGAGUAAGGUUCUCAUUUGCCUCAUCUGAAAGAAGAGAGUAAGGUUCCCAAUUGCCUCAUCUGAAAGAAGAGAGUAAGGUUCUCAUUUGCCUCACCUUAGAGCAGAGAGGAUGUCAAAACUAAAGUAUCUGACAUAAAUUGGGUGAGUUGAAGUGUGUGAUAUGAAAAAGGUGAGUUGAAUUGUGUGGUAUGAAUUUGGUGAGUUUGAGUAAGUGAUUUGAAUAGGGCUAGUUGACGCGUCUGAUAUGAACUGGGUGAUAUGGGAUCAAGAUAUAUUGUAAUUAUUUGAAGAGACAAAUCUCAAUACAAUUUAAACGUGCUCAUCGCAUCUCCAUAUUUGUAUUGUUUCCCCACAGCACCACCAAGCCCAAAUAACGCCAUGUUUCCUGCAGGGCUACAACCUGAAAGGUAAUGUGUAUAUUUCACUAAAUAUUUUAUGCGCUAUUCAGUUGGGCUCCAACACUGCACGCUGCCCUUCAAAUCAAAUAUUGUGGCCCGUAAAAUCAAAUGUUUUUGUGACCCGUCAAACCAAAUAUUGUAGCCCGUUGCAUAUUUAGCCUGCAGCUUUCAAACUCAUGUUCGUAAAAAAAUUUUUAAAAAAUCAUGUGAUAAAAGCAAAAUCAAAUAAUUGAAGAUUCACAAAAAAACAGCAACAUAAAAUCGAUGAUUUAAAAGUCAUGUAACUGAAAAUAUCAACUUAUAUUUAAAUUAAGUCAUAUUCUAUUAUUUUGAGUUUCAUGAUGUAAAUGUAGAAGAAUUUUAUUGUUGUGUGAAGCGUUUAAAUUGAAUUUAUUUUUUGAUCGCGUGUAACGACAUGCUGUACUCGAAGUGUUCACAUUUGUUUCAAAGUGACCCGUGACGUCUUUUCUUUCAAUACAAACCUUAAUCACCAUUUAAAGGGAGACUAUUUAAAAUAAAAAUUAUUUAAAGUCAGACCAACUUUUUACUAAAUAUCAUUCAUUCAAUGGACAUAUAUAAUCUAUCACACACAUACUCAAUGGGUAAAUCUCAUCAAUCACACAUAUCAUCCCCUAUACAGCUUAACACGUGUGCAAGACUGGACAGUGUCAUCCCCUCAUAAAAGAGGCGCCGACGCUGAUGUAGGAUUUACCCGCCUUAGUGUGGCUACCAGUAAUGGGACGUCUGCAAAAUCGUAAGUAAAAUUAUUGGCACAUUUGAACAUAUCUAAUGUACGUUAGGGUCAGUCAAUGUGUGGUAGUACUUCUUACUGCGUUUGUCUGACUUGAAUGACAUAUCAUCAUCAUCUUUGGCGCUACAGCCCAUGUAGGGACAUGACCUGCUACAUCACAUUCUUCCAUUAUGAGCGAUCCGUGGCUUCCCGCCUCUAUGCGCGAGUCCCCAACUUGUGUGAAUCCUUCUCUACAUCGUCGAGCCAUCAUAGUCUUGGACGACCGAUGAGCCUUCUGCCCCUAGGUUUCUGGCUGUAGAUCACAUUUGCUGCUCUUCAAUCUGGUAUCCUUUCAAUACAUUCUGUCCAGCGCAGUCUGCCCCUUUAUUUUAUUGUUGCGAAUAUGGGUGGGUCUUUGUACAAUCCCAGUUUGUACGGAUUCCCCAGACAUCAUUGUCUAUCACUGAGCCAUAUAAUAUAUUAUCCUGACGAUUUUCCCCUUACAUAUUUUGAGCAGGUUCUCUGCUUUUCUGGUGAAGGACCAAGUCUCACUAGCGUGAGCCACUAUUGGUCUUAUGAAGGUGGUGUAUAUUGUCUUCCUUGUUCCACUUGAGAGGUUUUUGUUACCCAGUAGCUCUUGUAGGCUGAAAUAGAAAUGAUUGGCUAUUAUCCUCUCUUUCACCACCGACGUUAUUUAAUAAUAAUAAUAAUAAUAAUAAAGUUCAUUUCAAAAACACGCUUCAUCCCCAAAGGCUCGAAGCGCGGUACAAAGUCAACAAAGAAUAUCUAUAAUUAACCACAUUUAAAACAAACGCAACACUACAAAAACUAAUUACAAGCAUACAAUAUCAAAGUCUUUCUAGCCAUUUCAACCCGGAGCAACACAGCAACACAUGGAAAAGAAGGUAGACAAUCAUCCCAGAAGGUAUUUGCGAAAUAGAUGUGUCUUUAGAUCGGUUUUAAAGGACUCCAGUGUCUGGUUGUUUCUAAGAUCGACAGGAAGGGCGUUCCAAAUUGUUGGACCAGCAAAUGCGAAAGUGCGCUUUCCGUAAGUCUCAAGGCAAACACGUGGUGUCGAGAGUUUGCCACUAUCGGAUGAGCGGAGCUCUCUAGUGGGUACAUAAGGCGUCAGCAGCUCUUUCAGAUAUGACGGCGCCAGGUCAUGUAAGCAGCGGUAGCACAAAGUUGCGAUUUUGUACUCUAUGCGAGCACGCACCGGCAGCCAAUGCAACUCUCUCAGAAGUGUUUUUGCAUGGUCGAAUUUGCGUUUGCGGAGAACUAUGCGAGCCGCAUUAUUCUGUGCUAUUUGAAUUUUAUCCAGGAGCGUAGCUGGAAGACCCACCAUGAGAGCAUUGCAAUAGUCCAUGCGUGAUAGCACAAAUGCAGACAUCAGCCUCUUUGUUGCAUCAAUUGUUAGGAAGGGCCUGAUGUGACUAAUCCUGCGCAGCUCCAGAAAAAUCGCCUUGCAUAGCAUGUUAAUAUGACUUUCAAAAGUUAGUCUUCCAUCUAGGUAGACACCCAGGUACCGCACUGUUUGAGCUAACUCAAUACGCACACCUGAGAGAGUAAUGGAUGUAGUGUUAUUUGCAGAUUUUUGCUUCUGAGCGGUUGCGAUGGGGAUAAGCUUAGUCUUAUCAUCAUUUAAUUUGAGCCUGUUUAUGGUCAUCCAGUGCUUAACCGACUCCAUUGUCUUCUGUGUCAUACUGAGCAGCUGAGGGAACUGAGAAGGGAGCACGGAUUGAUGAAGUUGUGUAUCGUCCGCGUACAUGUGAUACAACAUGUCAAACUGCCUGAUCUCUGCGCCCAGGGGCUGAAUGUACAUCGUGAAGAGCACCGGGCCUAGGACCGAGCCCUGGGGUACUCCGAAUUCGAUAUUAGAUUUCUUCGAAGUCAAGCCGUUUGAAAUAACUGACUGGAUCCGAUUAGUCAGAUACGAUCGGAACCAACACAGAACGGUAUCAGUGAGACCGAACGUUUGUUGCAGACGCUGGAGCAGUAUGCCGUGGUCGAGCGUAUCGAAAGCUGCCGAUAAAUCGAGUAAAGACAAAAUUUAAUUGUGCUCGUUUAUAGUCACCCCAAGAUAUUUAAAUGGGAAGGAUAGUUUGUGUGUCAACUGUGGCGCCUCAACCAUCCAAGGACUAAGGGACAUGAUGAUGAUGAGAUGUUUAAAAGUAGCCACUCUCGCAAAUAUUAAGGUGUUUUUUCUAUUAAUGUUGUCAUCAGCGUGGGUGUUUCGUGGCAUCAUCAAUGUUGUUCCCUGAAUGCUUCAAUUAUAUCAUAAAAUGACUUUUAGGUAUAUCAAUAUGUGGUAACUUGUCUUAAAGUAAGUCUGAUUUUAAUGUCAUGUAUACAUUUGUGUCAAAACCUAGGUAUGCUGGGCAUGUAGAAGACUUGCUCCUGGUUGACUCAGCUGGCGCUCUACUGCACAUAUGUAAAAAUCUGCUGCACAAUGGUGACGCAUGCUAUACUACACAUACGUACCACACACUCCCUUUUAUAUGUGUGCCACUCACUCUCUUUCACAAAAGUGCCACAAGCUCUAUUUCACAUAUGUGCCACACGCUCUAUUUUACAUAUGUGCCACACCCUAUAUUUCAUAUAUGUGCCACACGCUCUAUUUUACAUAUGUGCCACACCCUAUAUUUCAUAUAUGUGCCACACGCUCUAUUUUACAUAUGUGCCACACCCUAUAUUUCAUAUAUGUGCCACACGCUCUAUUUUACAUAUGUGCCACACCCUAUAUUUCAUAUAUGUGCCACACGCUCUAUUUUACAUAUGUGCCACACCCUAUAUUUCAUAUAUGUGCCACACGCUCUAUUUUACAUAUGUGCCACACCCUAUAUUUCAUAUAUGUGCCACACGCUCUAUUUUACAUAUGUGCCACACCCUAUAUUUCAUAUAUGUGCCACACGCUCUAUUUUACAUAUGUGCCACACCCUAUAUUUCAUAUAUGUGCCACACGCUCUAUUUUACAUAGAUGGCUCCCGCUCUACUGCACAUACAUGAAGCACGCUCUAAUACACAUAUAUGACAUACGUUCUACUACAAAUAGGUGGUGCACGCUCUAUUACACAUAUGUGACAUACGUUCUACUACAAAUAGGUGGUGCACGCUCUACAACACAUAGGUGACAUCCGAUCUACUAUACAUAGGUGGCACACGCUUUGCUACACACAGGGGACACGUGCUCUAUUACACAGAGUUGACACACGCUCUACUACAUAGGUGACCCACAUUUUAUUACACAUAGGGGUCACACGCUCUACUACACAUUGGUGAGGCUUGCUCUACUACACGUAGGUGGCACACGCUCUACUAAACAUAGUUAAGAUACGCUCUAAUACACAUAGUUGGCACACACUUUCCUACACAUGGGAGACACACGCUCUGCUACACAUAGGUGACGCACGCUUUACUGCACAUUGGCAACACACGUUCUACUACAAAUUGGUGACACACACUAUACUACACAUAGGUGACACACGAUCUACUACACAUUGGUGACACAUGAUCUAUUACACAUUAUGUGGCAUACGCUUUACUACACAUAGGUGACACACGCUCUAUUACACAUAGGUGACACGUGAUCUACUACACAUAGGUGGCAACCGUUCUACUACACAUAGGUGGCAUACGCUCUACUACACAUAGGUGACACACGCUCUACUACACAUAGGUGGCAUACGCUCUACUACACAUAGGUGACACUCGCUCUACUAUUCUAGAGAACUGAAUCAAACUUAGUUCUCUUUAUCUUAUGGAAUUAUUGAACAUCCUGUUCAAUAUAUAAAUGUUGUUUUAAAAUGUGCUCCAAUGUCUAUAUCUGUAUGUAAAUUAUAUGUUGCAUUGACCUAUGAGGUAGUAUAUUUUAAAUUAAGGCUUUGAAUUUGAUGGCAAAUUUGAUUUUUUUGCACUUUUUUGUUGUUGCCAGUGUUGAAUUUUAAAUCCUGUUUCUGUACCUUAUGCCAUAGCAAAGUCUUUGUUCCCUUUAUAUUACUUAAUUGUAUAUCUUCAAACUUUCAUGAAAGUAUGCUUUCAUUAAAAUAUUACUUUCCUUUCAUAAUGAACUUACACUACUUAGCAAACCCUGAUAUCAUAACCCUCAAAGAACGCACACUUCUUUAGCGAAUGCUGAUCACAUACUACCUCGAAAAACUUAAACUUCUUUAGUAAACAUUAUUAUCAUACCACCCAAUGAACUUACACUACGUUAGCACACUCUGCCAGCAUACCCCUCAGUGAACUUACACUACAUUAGCAUAUUCUGCCAGCAUACCCCUCAGUGAACUUACACUACAUUAGCACAUUCUGCAAGCAUACCCCUCAGUGAACUUACACUACAUUAGCACAUUCUGCCAGCAUACCCCUCAGUGAACUUACACUACAUUAGCACAUUCUGCCAGCAUACCCCUCAGUGAACUUACACUACAUUAGCACACUCUGCCAGCAUACCCCUCAGUGAACUUACACUACAUUAGCACACUCUGCCAGCAUACCCCUCAGUGAACUUACACUACAUUAGCACAUUCUGCCAGCAUACCCCUCAGUGAACUUACACUACAUUAGCACAUUCUGCCAGCAUACCCCUCAGUGAACUUACACUACAUUAGCACAUUCUGCCAGCAUGCCCCUCAGUGAACUUAUACCGUUUAAACAGACUCAUCUAGCAAGCUAGUAACAUCGUACAAACUAAACAUCUUUCACUUGCAGAACAGUUUGAAAAAAUUACUUUUGUAAGAAUAAAAAAAAAAUUGGAUGAUACAUGUCACCAAUUCUAUCACAGAUACCUACGAUUAGCUCGAUGAGCGCGAUAUUUUUUCCUUAAAAUUAAGAACGGUGGUAUAAAUCAUGUUACUCCCCAGUCUAGGAAUUUGUGAGCGUGCUCCACCAGCGCGUAUCAAGUCUAAAUGAUCACUAAUUAAGUAACUAUUGUCACUAAGGCAAUUCGUUGAUGGGUGACUUGAGAUGUCUUGUGUUUAAAUUGUUUUAAUUGUAAAAUUUUGUAUUGUUUAAAAAGAAAUAUUUAUGUACGUGCUGAAAAUGAAUUUGUGAAAUGUAAUUUAAAAAAAAAUCAUUUUUGUUUAAUCAAUAAAGAAUCUUAUCUUGUCUUACAUAAGUUAACCCUGACAUCAUAUCUCUCAAUGAACAUACACUACUUUAGUAAUCUUAUAUCAUACCCCUUAAUGAACUUACACUACUGUACUAAACACUGAUAGUCUAAAUCUCAGUGAACGCUCACUACUUUAGUAAACCCCGAUAUCCUCCACCCCCAAAUUUCAAAAGGGUUACACAAGACUUCAGAUCUGAGGCCAGAUGAAUCCCUCCUCCGUUAGCGGGGACACGGAGAAGACUUGCUAAAGUCAACACUGUUUUUAAGAAGGGGCGUCACGUGGGGAUCUGGUUAAACCAUUUUCUUUAGAAAUAUCUUUACGACACUUGGAGGUCCCAUGUUAACACAAUUAAAAAGAACUGACUCAACUUUUUUUGUGUGGCGACUUUCAUCUGGUGCUGUGGAAAUUUGGGAACAUUGCUAUUCUGGCCAAGACGUGUGACGUAUAACAAAGUGUCUGACCCUAGUACAAUCCUCUACCACAAGGAAUUAAAUUAUGGCGAAUUUCCUUCCAUCAUCCUCUUCUCGGCAACACAAGCUCCCCCUCCCCCUCUUCUUUCUUCUCUUAUUCCAUCUCACAUAUACAUCUUUAAAAAAUAUAUAUUUAACAUUUUAUUUUCUAACAAUACCAAUGUUGUUAAGUAGAAACUCCCAGAGAUUUUUUUCGAUUAAAUACAAUAACAUUGUUAGAGAUGAUACAAGCUCGUCGUCAUCCUUUCUUGUGUCUAUCUGUGCUCUGAUGUGUUCCACGCAGCAGGAGUUGUUGAAAUUUUCAUUGUGUCUGUGUCAUUUCGCCCACGUCACUCCACCUCAGGGCUUAAGUUCCAAGUGUUCUUUCUUUUAGAUGAGUUGUCAUCCGAGGUUGCCAUCCAAGGUUGUCAUUCAAAGUUGUCAUCCAAGGUUGUCAUCUCAGGUUGACAUCCAAGAUUGUCAUGCAAAGUUGUCAUCCCAAGGUUUUCUUCCAAGGUUGUCUACCAAGGUUGUCAUUCCAGUUUGUCAUCCAAGGUUGCCAAUCCAAGGUUGACAUCCAAGGGUGCCAUCCAAGGUUAUCAUUCAAGGUUGCCAUCCAAGGUUGUCAUCCAAGGUUGUCAUCCAAGGUUGUCAUCCAAAGGUUGCCAUCCAAGGUUGUGAUCCAAGGUUGCCAUCCAAAGUUUUCAUCUAAGGUUGUCCUCCAGAAUGCCAUCUACUCUGGGCGUUGUUUUUUUAUUUUCUUUGUCUCAGUUGGGGACUGAACUCAGUUGAAACCAGUCGGCCAAUCCUCACCACGUUAUUAGACACUUUAAUUUGACAUCAAUGCUUUCGAAACAGAAUAAAUCCCACCCAAACCUGGUGCGAUUGAGUCGAUGUCAUCAGACAUACUUUUAAAAAGUGCUUAUUAACGAAAUAAGCUAAAAUCUGGUGUUCAAACUAAUUGGAAGUAUUUUAAUCAGAAAGAAAUUUAUCGAUGUUUUAAAUAACGGUAAAAAUGAACAUUAAUUUGAACAUUAAUUUGAACAUUUAUUUUUAUGGCAGAUUGCAUCCCUUGAACGAAUCUGAACCCAGCGAUGUCUGGAGUGAGAGUGGCUUCUCAUCAAUGAGCAGCGUCCGGAGGGAGUUUGCCGGGAAACCAGAAAGAUCAUUACAUCUGUGAGUCCUACUCGGCUGGGUAACAUAGUUGUAGGAUGUAACGGGCACCAUACAACAGUGGGGAGUAAUCUAGCUACACAAUACAACGAGCAACCUAAAUUGUGGGGAGUAAUCUCGCUAUAUGAUAUAACGGGCACCCUAAAACUGUAAGGAGUAAUCUAGCUAUAUGAUAUGACAGACCCUUAAAACUUUGUAUGAAAAUUUAGUUAUGUGAGAUAACGGACACCUUAAAACUGUGUGGGAUAAUUUAGCUAUAAGAUAGCUAGCAGUCCACCCUAAAGCUUUGUAGGCUAUUUUAAGCAUAGUGAUAUAGCUAAUUACUCUUGCUGGGUCUAGAUUUUUUUCCUUCUUUUAUAUGAGGGUCCACGAUCCAUUCAUUGAUCAUUCUGGCUCCUGGUUUGAUUUCAGAGUUUGCCUUCUCUUAGAUGAGUUGCCGUCUAAGGCUAGAGAGUCCCGUCCACCUGGGGUGCUUGGGGUGUUUUUGCUGGUCUUAGCUUUGGUGGGGAUUGAGCCAAAGACCACCAGCUAUUUGGCUUGAGUCAGUUUACAUUAUUUGACCACCCAUCAACCAAGAUUUAAGGGAGCGGGGGGGGGGGGGUUCAUUUGAAAACCCAAGAUUUAUAAAAAUGUGGCUAUGGAAUAUUAUCUCAAGCAGUUUUGAUACCUCACGCAGUGGAAGUUUUUAAAAGACCACCAGCUAUUUGGCUUGAGUCAGUUUACAUUAUUUGACCACCCAUCAACCAAGAUUUAAGGGAGCGGGGGGGGGGGGGAUUCAUUUGAAAACCCAAGAUUUAUAAAAAUGUGGCUAUGGAAUAUUAUCUCAAGCAGUUUUGAUACCUCACGCAGUGGAAGUUUUUUAAUUUGUUUAGACAACAAUUUGAAAAAAAACAAAAAAACUUGCUAGAACCGGAUUAUUAUUAUUAUUUAUAAUUAUUGUAGGCAUUUUUUAUAGCGCUUACCUUACAGCUCUAAGCGCUUUACAAUUAUUAAAAAUAUAUAAACUAUUUAAACUGCUAAAGCAAAUAAAAAUGAAAAACCAGAGACACUAGCAUAGUAAGUACUAUGUGAAAAAUGACUACUGAAACAGAAGCUGAAACAUUAAAAUGGCUAUAAAAACAAGUACACUUGGCACGUUUUGGCCUAUACUUAAAUACAGGAUCAACCCGAGACAGGAAAUUACUAGACUUAAAACUAAACACUAAGCGUUAAAUACUUAACACUGAGCACAACAUAUCAAAAUAAAAAUAAAAUCUUAUGCUCAGUAGUUUUAUAACGCUUCCGUUUCCCCAUCAGGAAAAUCGAGAACCUCCACAUCAAGAAGGCUGGACCAAUGAAGAUCAACAACCCAAACAUGACGAUUCCAGACCUCAGGAACCUGGCCAUGGAUCGUGGGCGGAUAACUGUCAUCAAUCACAUGGAUGACGCCGAGAGCACCACGUCUGACACACCCUCUAUAAAUCUCUAGGGACAUGUUGACAGAGAGCGUUGGAAAUUAACAUUGUAUGGAUAUGUAGUGGCAGUAUGACAUUGAACGUCGGGAAAUAUGUGGAGACAGUGGGAAAUUGACAGUUUUACAGUGACAGUUAGGCAUUGAAGCUAUUUAAAUAUGUCGUGACAGUUUGUUAGAGAAAGUCUACAAAUCAUCCGUGACAAGUCGACCUUGAUAUUUAACGUUUAAAGAUAAUACGUCACUUCCGUAAUACCCUUUCUAGAUUUAUGUUACAGCUACACGGAAAUGUAAUAUUUAGUUCGUUACAUCAACAGGGAAGUGUAACAAUUUGGAUUUUUACAGCGGUACGGAAAUGUAGUAAUUUGUAAAAUUCAAGUUUACAUGGCAAUGUAAUAAUUUGAAUAGUUGCAGCUAUACGGAAAUUUAAUAAUUUGUAUAGUUACAGCUACAGGGACAUUUAUUUGUUGGUAUUUGCAACUAAAUGAAAAUUUAAUAAUUUGAAUUACUUAUAUCUGCCCUGAAAAUGUAAUAAAUUUGUUCAAGAAUGUCAAAGUCACUUAAAAUCCGCAGUGCGGCUUUUUCUUUUAAACAAAUAUCCUUUCAUUCAAAAUUACGAGUAAAUAUAUAAUCAUGUAAAUGAAUAUCCUCCAUACAUGUGUGCCAGUAAAUAAUUAAUGAAGGCAUUCUCGACCGCGUUUGGGUAAGACCAUCGCUGAUCGUUGUGCCAGAUGUACCUGAUAGGCCAGAUGUUAUCACACUGUGAUCAGUCAGAACGAUUUUUGCUUGGUAUACACAAUACAAAAUUAAAGUAUAUAAAGUGCGUAAAAAAAUGAAAUGUUUAUCUAAUAAAUUUGUGAUAAAUAUUGCUGUUCCUUCAACUGAGUAAAUUGUUCAAUUUUUAAUUUAACAAAUUUUCAUCUAAUUACAUUGACUUUUUUUUUUUAAUUUUCAAACAUUCGCAACACAUGACAUUAUCCACCAU